AUGGCUUAUCCUUCCUCCUCCAUGUUCUUUUUCCUGUUUGGUGUUGUGUUAAUUGCUAGCACAACCCCAAUGGCUCAUGGCUCCAUCACCCUCACUAACCUUGUCAUGGCACAAAUCAACGUACUUGGCCGCGUUGCUUGUUCCAUCAAUGGAAAUGGAAAUUCCUCGACUCCUGGUGUGGCUGGAGCUGUCCUGACCUUAUCUUGCAAUGGGUCCCAAACUAACCUUGGCCAAGCCGUGACUAACACCACCGGAUUCUUUAACGUCGUUCUUAACGCCGUCGAUGGCCUUCUCUUUGAUCCAUCCGCAUGCUCCGUUAAUGUCAACCUUCCGCUCCUCAAUUGCUACGUUUCGCCUCCCACUGGAACCCUUCGAUCAGCUGUUAACCUUCUCAACAUACUUCCAUCCACGGUGGGUCAAGUUGCCACCUUGGUAUCUGGAUUAUUUGAAGCUGUGCCUACAUAA